UUUCACAUGGAAAUUAAAUCGGAUAACCAUAUCUUCAGAUUCAAAGGGUAAACAAAUGCGCGAAAAAUACGACUUAUCUCUUUUUAAUUUUUAUUCGCUAUUUGAAAUAAUUAAUAAAUAAAAUGAAAGAAGUGAAAAACCUGUAUUCAAUUUUAAUUGGAAUUUUCAAUGUAUAUUCCGUAGUUUGUGUUGUUCCUUACAUUACAGAUAAUAGUUCCGAAAAUCUAAGACUUGAUGAUGGAAACUGGUCUGGACCAAGAGACUCGAGAGAAAGCGAAUGGGUUAAAGGUGCUUUCAAUUAUGUUCAAAAUUUAAAAUGUGAAGAUGUAUUUUUUACAACAGAAAAAGAAUGUCUGGCUUUAUUGACAGUUACUAAGUCAUCUUAUGUUGUACAUGUAGCACCAUUUAGUGGUCAUCGGACUUACGAAACAGUGUUACCAGAAGAAGUAUUAACAAGAAAAGACAAUAACCAUCAGGGGGUUUUAGUACUAGACCCGUAUCCAACAGCUAAUUUUGGACAUCUUGUGAUAGUGUUUUUCAUUGAUUACAAAGAUAAACGUACAUGUGAUUCUGAAAACGGAAUAUUUCUAGAUACUCAUGGUGACUGUAUGACAUUAGCUUUGAAACGUCGAUGUAAGAACGCAAUAAAACGUCAUGGACGACGAAAACACCAUGCCAGGCGAUGUGAAAUUAACUUUCUACCUUUUGUUUAUCUUUCAAGUCCUUCGAAAAGUUACAAUCAACAGAAACAUUACAAUUACUUACGAUGUUGGCAAGGUUUAGCAGGAUAUUCCCGAUGUCCAGAAUUACGAGACGAAAGCGUAACAACAGAAUUAAUCUGUAACCCUAUUAGAGAUAAUACGAAGAGAUGUACAACAACACACGAGAUGGUCCACACUAAUUGUAAUAUGUUUGAAAUAUGUGACCAGGCAGUCCUGAUUUCCGGGGGCUGGAACAGACAGACAACAGGGGUGAGAUCGCAAAGGAAUUUGGAGAAUAUUUACUGGAUGUUGAGAAAAAAUGGAUUUAAGAAAAGCCAUAUCAAAACAUUCUUCGCAAAUGGAGCCACUGGUAUAAAUGUGCCCGGUGAACUUGCCCACCACGUCCACCCUGCUGCUAUGAAGCUUGCACUGAGGUACCAUAUACAGACUAUGUGUAGAUCACCUCAUUGUGUUAAUUCAUUGGUUCUUUACAUGAAUAGUCCUGCUAAAAGUGAUGGAACUAUGUAUCUAUGGGACAUAAACUCGGACGGACUGGCUGUAGAUGCUGAGAAAUAUUACUUAAAAGAAUUCAAGGAAGAUAUAAGUAACUGCCAGGCAGAAUACGUCCAUGUAAUAGUCGAUCAAAGCUUCUCCGGAAAUAUAGCUGACGCAUUCAAAAACUCGAAUGACCAUCGGAAUGUGGUGGUAUUCGCUAGUGGAAAAGAUCAUGAGUAUGCAUUUGAUGAUGAGUUUACAAGUCACUGGGCAAAAGCUAAUCAUACAACGGAGUGUACUUGGCAGGUACAAAAGCAAAUCAAAAAUAAAGCCAGCAAAUCAACCCCAGAAAGCCACGAAGGUCAAAGGGGAGAAGUUAGAACAACCAUUUUUGGAGCACCUUGUCACGUUAUUCCGCCAUUUUCAAAUCGUGAGCUACGUCAUGAUUAUUUGGGUUGUCAAUCUCUCCCAACGGCAUUGUGGAUAAAAAAAUUAUUUGCGGAUAAGAAUCCAUGGCGGUAUUAGUGAAGGACUACUAUCGAACACAGCAAUACUAUGAUGGGGCUAUAUUUUUUUUUACAUCAAAAUAGGUGAUCUGCUUAUAAGACAUGAUGCAUAAGAUUAAAUUAAAAUAAUGAUAUUAAUCCAUGGCACCAUACACACGAAAGAAAUUCGACGUUAUAAUAACUGUGAUUUUGUCGUCGUCAUUGUUACGUAGUCCGUAUUAACGUUUUAGUAUACGUAUCAUGCAAUGUUUGAAAUAUUGAAUACUUUGAAACAUCUUUAAGAUGUACUUGAAAGUACAUUGAAUGUUUCACGCGUAUUUGUUUCCAUUUUUAUUAUUUGAAAAGCUCAUUAGUGAACAAUAUUGAUUUGAUUUGAAAUUGUUGUGUUAUUUGCUUGUUUGUCAAUUAAAAACACAAUACAAAGACGAUAUAAAUCGACAAAACUGAAAUCGGUUACAUAACAUAAAAGGAAAUGUUGAGGAAAUUUCGUGCUGGAAAACAUCAAACAACCAUCUAAAGUCCAGAUGACUUUAUACAUUGAUAAAAACUUUAAAUUAUUAAUGCGGUUUGGUUUGUAAUCAUUCCAGUUCAAGAGACAUGAAACAUGUAACGGGUACACUUAAUAACAUUUGUUGCAACAGAGGUUCCUAAGAUAGUUGCAUUUUUUGCAGUAGAAUGUGAAGUGUUUCAUUGAAAAGACAACUAUGUGUGUAAAGAUACAUACUAUAGAUGACUGGCAUAGUUACAAUCGAGAUGUGAGAUUUACACAUUGCAGAGAGACAAGUUAAGUUACCAUGAAGAAUGCAGGCAUACUGCAGAUGACACGUAGUUACAAUGGAAAAUGUUAGUGUUGGUGUUAUUUAAAAAACAUUCAGAAUUCCAAAAUAGAAGAAUGCACCUUCAAUGGUUACGCAUAUAGUAGAAACACUAGGUGUUUGGAUACAAGGCUUGUAUGGAGAUUAAGAACGCAUUGUAACGGGUACAUAGUUGUGAUGAAUAAACGGGUUGUGAUUUAUGUAAUAUUUGUACAUAUGGAACUAUUUAUAUUGUUGUACAUCAUUGAAUUGUUCAUUUUUACAUUUUCAUCAAAAUCAUGUAUUGUUGUACUAUUGUUAUCUAUAAAAAUAAAUACUCUGACAAUA